UGUUGCGUGAUUUACCAUGGAAAAAUUGCUCUGCAGCAUCCUGGUGUUUGGAAUGGCUAUCACGGUCAACGCUUGUCCUAAAUACUGUGUCUGUCAAAACCUGUCUGAGUCACUGGGAACUCUGUGUCCCUCCAAGGGUCUCCUGUUUGUACCACUAGACAUAGACCGAAGGACUGUUGAGCUCCGCCUUGGGGGCAACUUUAUUAUCAAUAUCAGCCGGCAAGACUUUGCCAAUAUGUCUGGACUUGUUGACCUCACUUUGUCCAGAAACACCAUCAGUUACAUUCAGCCCUACUCCUUCACUGACUUGGAGAGCCUUCGAUCUUUACACUUGGACAGCAACAGGCUUCCCGACAUUGGAGAGGAUAUUUUGAGAGGCUUAAUUAACCUUCAGCACUUGAUUUUAAACAACAACCAGCUAAGCAGCAUCUCUGAUGAAGCCUUUGAGGAUUUCUUGCUGACAUUGGAAGACUUAGACCUUUCCUACAAUAACCUCCGAAGCAUUCCCUGGGAAUCUAUAAGAAAGAUGAUAAACUUGCACCAGCUCAGCUUGGAUCAUAACCUGAUAGAUUACAUUACAGAGGGGACUUUUGCAGAUCUUCAGAAAUUGGCCCGACUGGACCUAACAUCCAACAGACUUCAAAAGCUGCCCCCUGAUCCUAUAUUUGCCAGGUCUCAAGUAAUUCCAUUAGUUGUGACCCCAUUUUCACCACCUUUAUCUCUCAGCUUUGGGGGCAAUCCACUGCACUGCAACUGUGAGCUACUGUGGUUAAGGCGACUUGACAGAGAUGAUGAUAUGGAAACUUGUGCUUCUCCUCCAGGUCUAAAGGGAAGGUAUUUUUGGUACGUAAGGGAAGAAGAAUUUGUUUGUGAGCCACCUCUAAUUACCCAACAUACUCACAAGUUGCUGGUUUUAGAAGGGCAAACUGCCACACUAAAAUGCAAAGCCAUUGGGGAUCCCAUCCCCAUCAUCCACUGGGUGGCCCCUGAUGACCGUCUCAUUGGGAAUUCUUCGAGGACAGCUGUCUACGACAACGGCACCCUAGAUAUCCUCAUCACCACGUCCAAGGAUUAUGGGACUUUCACAUGCAUAGCAGCCAAUGCUGCUGGAGAGUCCACGGCUACGAUCGAGCUCUCGAUCGUUCAACUCCCUCAUCUCAGCAACGGCACAGGCCGAGCAGCCCCACCGAAAUCCAGGCUCUCGGACAUCACCAGCUCCAGCAAGUCUAAUCGAGGGGAAACAAAAGGUCCACCAGAAAGGUCUGUCUUGGUGUCAGAAGUGACGACUACCUCAGCCUUGGUCAAGUGGACGGUGAGCAAGUCAGCCCCUCGGGUAAAAAUGUAUCAGCUGCAGUAUAAUUGCUCGGAUGAUGAAGUCCUGAUCUACAGGAUGAUUCCUGCUACAAACAAGGCCUUCGUGGUUAACAACCUUGUUUCUGGGACAGGAUAUGACCUCUGUGUCCUGGCAAUGUGGGAUGACACAGCUACGACCCUUACUGCCACCAACAUUGUGGGCUGCGCCCAGUUCUUCACCAAAGAAGACUAUCCUCAGUGUCAGUCCAUGCACAGCCACUUCCUGGGUGGGACCAUGAUUCUGAUCAUUGGAGGCAUCAUUGUGGCAACUUUAUUGGUGUUUAUCAUUAUACUCAUGGUCCGCUACAAGGUCUGCAACAAUUCCCAGGGGAAGAUGUCCAAUGUCAGCAAUGUCUACUCACAGACAAAUGGAGCACAACCAGUUCAGAAUGGAGUUCUGCCCCAAGUCAACCCCAAAGUGGUGGUGAGAAAUGAACUUAUGGAGUUUAACUGUGAGUCCGUGCGGAGCAGUAUCUCCUCUUCUUCCAGCUCUGCGAAUAGCCGCGACUGUGAUGACUAUAGUCUCCAAAGCGAACAGGGCACAUUGUCCGGUAAGUGGAGGCCCCCCUCCAGGUCAAAACAUAAUAUUGACCGGCUAAUGGGAGCUUUUGCCUCUCUGGAACUGAAAUGUCAGAAAAAGGAGGAUGCAACAGACUCCAGAACUUCCACAGUGGCCCGCCACUCGGACAAAGAGCCACUGCUGGGCCAAGCGGAGUCCAAAUUUCGCAGCCUCCUCAUGUUGCCUCUGGAGGGCAAAACUAAACGUAGCCAUUCUUUUGACAUGGGGGACUUUGCCACAUCUCAGUGCUGCACCUAUCCAAAAAAGAUAACGAACAUUUGGACAAAGAGGAGCCUCUCAGUGAACGGCAUGCUUUUGCAGUACGAUGACAAUGACCUAAUAGGGGCUAAAGGGACUUUUGGGAGCUCAGAAUGGGUAAUGGAAAGCACAGUGUAAAUACCAGUGUCUCCCUCUCUUGCCUCACCUCAUGUGUCAUAAAGCAUGGUUUGCUGCAGGGCCAUGUAUUUGGAAAGAGAGGGGUGGGAAAGUUCUCAGUCAUAACGGCCAAAAAGAUAGGCAAAUAAAUAAAUCAUGGAGAUGAAGAGGAAGAAGGUCAUGAAAUGUGAAUAGGCACGUAUGGCACCACUCAUAUCUGGCCCCAACUAAACCAUGCGUGAAUGUUUCAAGGAAUUUACUAGUUGUAUUUAGCAUUGCUUUCCAAAAGUUUCUCAGCCUCUUGGUGAACCGACAAACAAGAUUAAA